CCUAUCCACAUUCUUGUCAAAGAUUAGAUUAAUUCUUGCCGGACGCUCUGGGUUAAAAUAGAAGUCUGUGUUGAUUUCUGUUUUCGCAUUCUUUCCUUAAAUAACACACCAUUUUUUACCAAUUUAAAACCUUCACUUUUAUAUAUAAAACCGUACCAUGUUCAUCUUAAAGUGAAGAAUCAACAAACUAAAAAAAAGGAAGAAAAAAGAUCAAGAAAAACUCGGCUUUUUAUAAGAACUAAGCCAAAGCAGCAGGUUUUCUUCCAAGAAUUCAGGUUAUUGGCCCGAAUAUAAGCAACUGAUCGAGCUUCAUUUGUUGUUGGUGAAAUUUGAGGAAUCUAGAUUAACCCCAUGGAAGCUGAGAUGAUGGAGAUUUCCUCUGAGCUUAGGAUGUCAAAUUCUUCCCAUGAAGAUGAGUCUACAUUGGAUCUUGGAAUUGGGGAUUUCGGGUGCUCUCAUUAUAGAAGGAGAUGUAAGAUCAGAGCACCCUGUUGUGAUGAGAUAUUUGAUUGCAGACAUUGCCAUAAUGAGUCAAAGAAUUCUAUGGAAGUUAAUCUCCUUGAUCGUCAUGAUGUUCCUCGCCACGAAAUUAAAAGGGUUAUCUGUUCCUUGUGUGAGACAGAACAAGAUGUUCAACAGCACUGCAUCAAGUGUGGGGUUUGCAUGGGGAAGUACUUUUGCUCCAAUUGCAAGUUCUUCGAUGAUGAUGUUUCUAAGCAGCAGUACCACUGUAGUGAAUGUAGAAUCUGCAGAACUGGAGGUGAGGAAAAUUUUUUCCACUGUAAUAAAUGUGGAUGCUGCUAUUCAGUCUCAUUGAAGGAAUCGCACAAUUGUGUGGAAAGAGCAAUGCAUCACAAUUGCCCUGUUUGUUUUGAGUUUCUCUUUGAUACAACUAAAGACAUUGCUGUCUUGUCGUGCGGACACACUAUACACUUGGAAUGCGUUAAAGAGAUGGAGCGGCAUUUUCAGUAUGCCUGUCCUGUUUGCUUAAAAUCAUACUGUGAUAUGUCUCGUGUGUGGGAAAAACUGGAUCAAGAGGUUGCUUCGACACCCAUGCCUCAAAUGUAUCAAAAUAAGAUGGUUUGGAUUCUUUGCAAUGACUGUGGAGAAUCAUCGCAAGUUAUUUUCCAUAUUAUAGCACACAAGUGCAUAAAAUGUAAUUCAUACAAUACAAGGCAGACACGAGGAGGGCCCACAUCGUGUUCAUCAAGAAUUGAAGAGAUUGUAAGAUGAGUAUUCUGAUUGUUACUUCUCGAAGGCUUCUUCAGUAAUUGAAAUUUCAUGCAAUAAGGAGCUGGAGUUGUUAUUCUUUAUUUUUUUCUAAUUAUUCACCUGUAUGUUACCUCGAGAAUCCUUCUCGAAUUUGCUGUAGUUCAUAGGCAGGUGAUCUUUUUACUUAUCAGAAUGUGAGAUUAUCGCCUUAUCUGAAUUGGCAAUAUCUUGAUAUCGAAUAAGGUUUCGCUGAAAUUGAAGAUUGAAGGUGUUGAUGAUAGCAAUGGAUAGUAUGUUCGAGAAUUGAACCAUCCAAAAGACGUUCUUCGAACUAUCACAUUUCUCGACAAAGACAAAACAUAGAAAGGCAAAGAGAGUUGAUGAAAAUAUUAAUGCCAUGACAGUUGACAGUUAUUCAAAGAACUUGGCUUGAACUGUCUGAGAAUUGUCAUAUUGAAAUACUUUCCAUUGGCUGUAUUUCUUAGACAUUUCAGUGAAAAUUAAGAAUCAUCUCUUAUGUAUACCUACCCUACACAUUAUUUACUAUUAGAUGAAGAUAUUUUUAACUUUUCUGCUUCA